UCACAGGAUUUAAUAUUCAAAAUCACAAUCCCAUAAGUAUUAGGUACAAUCCGAAAUCGGAUUCCCGAAGGAAACCUUAUUAUUAUAUUGCAAUUACAAACUACAAAUUCAAUUUAGUAAUAGGUACGCAAAACUCAAAUAAGUAUUAGUUUUAUAUAAAACAUUUAUUAACCUCUGUGUGAGAUAAAGUUAUGAGACGAAAUUGGCGAGGUCGCUAUAAAAAUAAUUCAAAUCGACACACUUACGGAUCUAGAUCAGUUUCUAGCCAUAGCAAUAUUAGUAAAAACUAUUGUCCAUCAACAGUUACUUCAACAAAUAGUGCCCGAGCACCAGCGAAUCAAGUGCCUAUAACUGUUCCAAUAUCAGACAAUAAUUCUAAUAUAUGGAAGCUAUAUUUUCCAACUCAAGAACAGAAUGGUAGUACGAUAUCAAAACAAAUAGAAUGUUUCAACAGGUACAUAAUCGCCAAUAGAAGCAUAUUUGACUUAGAAAAAAUAGACCUUAACCGAAGUGUACCUUUAGAUGUGCAAAUCUUGACAAAAGAUGAUGAGUUCAACAGAGACUGGCCAUCAUUUCAAAAUGAUUUAUUUGAAAAUCCAGAAAAUACAUUGCGAAUAUUGGAGUUUUGUUUACAUAAGACUUUGCAGUGUCAUUCCAAAAUAAAUGUAAGAAUAAUAAACCACCAACCAGUGGUUCCAAUUGCUAAUUUGAAAGUUAACUAUUUUGGGAAACUUGUAACUAUUAAGGGAACUGUUAUAAGAGUUGGAAGUGUGGGGUUGAUUUGUACAUCCAUGGCAUUUGAAUGCUCCAGCUGUCAUAGUUUACAAGCCGUAAUCCAGCCACAGGGUUUGUUUACUGCACCAAGUAUUUGCCAGAGUUGCAGAAAUGGACAUAAAUUUGAACCAAUACAAUCAUCACCAUAUACCAAUACUACGGACUGGCAAGUGGCUAAAAUACAGGAAAUACAGUCUCACAGUAUAUCGGGAACAAUUCCAAGAAGUGUAGAGAUUGAUCUGCAGGGUGAUCUUGUUGGCUCUGCUUGUCCUGGAGAUGUGCUGUCUGUCACAGGAAUAGUACAGGUCCGUGGUGAAAGUAAAGGUGGUGAGGAUGGAAAAAAAGCCGCCCGACUCUUGCAACUGUACAUAGAAGCUGUAUCUAUUCAUAGUCAAAGAAAUCUCAGUAACCCCACAAUAUCAUUUACACUGAAGGACUACUAUGCCAUUCAGGAAAUUCACGCGUCGGACGAUGUGUUCAGACUUCUAGUGCACUCCUUGUGUCCGACAAUAUUCGGGCACGAGGCGGUUAAGGCCGGCCUCAUACUGGGCCUGUUUGGAGGUACGGAGCACGACAACGGACCCAGAAGCUACGCACAUGUGUUGGUUGUCGGAGACCCCGGUUUGGGGAAAUCGCAACUGUUACAAGCAGCAGCGUAUGCGGCACCCAGAGGAGUAUAUGUAUGCGGUGCCUCGGCAUCGGGCGGAGGCCUAACGGUUGCAUUAGGCCGCGAAGCUGGAGGGGAUUUCGCGCUCGAAGCUGGUGCUCUUGUGCUCGCUGACAAGGGAGUUUGUUGUGUGGAUGAACUAGAUAAGAUGUGUGCGCACCACAGUAGUCUGUUAGAGGCGAUGGAACAACGGCGAGUGAGUGUGGCCAAGGGCGGAGUAGUAUGCAGCCUGCCCGCUCGGGCCACUGUACUCGCUGCAGCCAAUCCCGCCGCCGGCUGUUACAAUAAGGCUAAGACUGUUGCUGAAAACUUGAAAAUAAAUUCAGCUUUACUAUCCAGAUUCGACUUGGUUUUUAUUUUACUGGAUCAGCCUGACGAGAAAACUGAUGCAAUGCUCUCAGAGCAUGUCUUAGCUUUACAUUCUGGUCCGAAAGCAAAACGAAACCCCAGUGCCAGCACGAGCAAUAACUCUAUACUAGAAUCAACUCAAAACAAUGGCAGUAUGUCGUUAAGUGAAAGACUGAGAUUAAAACCGGAUGAGGUGAUUGAAACACUACCGUUAGUGUUGCUUCGGAAGUAUAUCGCGUACGCUCAACGUUACGUGCACCCGACGCUCAGUACGGAGGCGGCUAAUGCUCUGCGUAGCUUCUAUCUAGAGCUGCGUCACAACCAGGGGAUCACUGGCGAUGGAACGCCCAUUACUACCAGACAGUUAGAAGCUUGCAUUAGACUUACUCAGGCUCGCGCACGAAUCGAUUUACGAGAAGAAGCUACAGAGCAAGACGCAAAUGAUGUCAUAAGUUUAAUGAAGCACAGCUUGGUCGACACAUUCAGUGAUGAAUUUGGUAAUAUCGAGCUGUCACGGUCCAUUAAUGGAUCAGGAGUUAGCUCUCGAAAUAAGGUAAAACAAUUCUUGGAUGCACUCACAAGGAGAUCACAUCAACUCAGCAAGAAUGUUUUCACUCGCCAAGAGCUGAAACAAAUACACAAAGGAGCUGGUAUUGCUGGUGAUGCAAAUGAUUUGAUAGAGGCUAUGCAUAUUAACUCAUAUCUAUUACUUAAAGGCUCAAACACUUACCAACUUAUUUUUCAAUAAUAAAUAUUUUUUCUAUUUUUGUAUUAUUAAA